AUGACGACAGCCAUGCCUCGUUUAAGGGGAGUGCGGCUCUCAUCCCCUCUCUCUUAUAUCUUAAGAAGACCGGCUUCUACCUCUCCCCUCCGGCUGGCUGUCCCUUUUCCCGCGACACGCUCUCUCACGACAACAUCCUCUUCUUCUCCGGCACGAAAACCCGCCCAAUGGCCUCGACAUUUCCGUUCAAUUCUUUACGCUAUAAUAUUCGGCUUAUUUGGCUAUCAUAGCAUUGACCGAAUUGUGGAUCAGUUCGCGGGUCCUGUUUACCAGCCGGACACACCAGAGGAUCAGGAGGCGCAGAGACAAAUCCGUGAACAGUUUGACAAGUUGAACAUUGUGAAGGAGUUAAGAGAAAACCCGGAAUUUGUGGAAUGGGAGGCAUACGGGAACUUUUCGCCUGAAGAGAAGAGGAAAAGGCUUACAACCGGAGGGCUCAGGGGUAGUAGAGCCCUCUCGUCGCAGCGCGUAUUUUGGAACGAAAAGGACAAAACCGCCAUAUCUGUCCUUUUCCUUGGUAAUGGAAUUGACGGAUGGCCCGGAGUAGUCCACGGUGGUGCGCUGGCUAUCUUACUGGAUGAAGGCAUGGGUCGAGUCGCUCUUCGUUGUGUUCCAGCGCGCACCGGUCUCACUGCCAAUCUUAACAUAGACUACCGCAAACCAGUUCUGUCAGGCCAAUUCUGUACUGUAACUGCUAAAUAUGUCCCAGAGAAAAGCAACGAUCGGAAGGCUGCGAUAAAAGGGGAAAUCAGAGAUUCAAUGGGCCGUCUAUGCACCGAAGCGAGCGCACUGUUCGUUGUCCCACGCACCCUGACCCUGAGAAAGCUUGGCGAUGGCUUUUGAAGUAAGUUAAAACGAUUAUAAAAGGUUUGCAUCGCUUUGAGUGGUCUUUUCUGGGCAAUGUUUCCAGCUGGAAGGAAAUAUUGGAUAGCAACACAAAUCGCACGGCACAGUGUAUGAACCCCAUGGAUCUUGCGCGACGGCUGCUGGUAGCUUACGACAUCACUUUUUUUUUUAGAAGAGAA